AAUUAAUGGUAUAUAUCGCUAUUGUUUUAAUAAUCUUCAUAUAUAAAAAAAAAUAUAUUUCUUUUAUAUAUAUAUAUAUUUUUAUAAAGUUACUAUAAAGUUUUGAUUAUUUAUAAAAUAAAUUAUAAACAUGUGUUUGUGUCUUGGUGCCUUAAAAUCUGGUAAAACGCUCUUGUUGAAACGUCUUCAAGGUGACGAAAUAGAUGAUGCAACUCAUACAGUACAAACUAAUGGUAUCAAUUUAUUUACAGUAAAAAAUGAUACUGGUGAAUUUGAUAUGAUUAUUAGAGAGAUUGGUGGUAAUAUGGCACCAAUAUGGAAACAUUACUUCGACAAGGUUUAUAAAUUAAUUUAUGUCGUGGAUACCAGUAAUCUUUGUCAAAUUAGUGCAGCUGGGGUUUUAUUGUACUCGGCAUUAGUUGAGCCAAGAUUAAAAAAUAUAAAAAUUGCACUAAUUUUAAACAAGAUGGAUCUUUCAUACAGACAAAUGAGAAAUGAAGCUCUUCUAAUGCUUCAAUUUGCACGUUUGAAGAAAGAAAUUACUCAAGAAAUAAGUGUAAUUGAAACUAGUGGAAUAACAGGACAAGGUCUUGAGGACUUACGCAAUUGGUUAUUUGAUCCAUAUACUUUACAAAUUGUAAAAAGUACCAAAAAGUAAAUUAUCGUAAAACGAUGCUAAAAAUCCUAUCUCUAAAUGGAUGACUCUUUAUUUACACCCAAUCUUACAAAUAUGUAAAUUUAUUGUUAUAAUUCCAUUUAGUGACUGAAACAGUCACUUUAUUAAAACAAUUUAGUAAUAACACAAAUAUUUAUACCAUAGUACUUAUACAGUUGAAAAUUGUUAAAUACUGUCUAUUUACCCAGAUAGUAGCAAUCGUUAGUAUGCCUUCAAACGAUGUCGAAAUAAGGGAUAGUGAGAAUAAUAAAUGAUAAAACAUUGCA